AUGUGCUGUUUCCAAGGCUUACCGUUUUCUGUACGUGGUGUACAAGACUCAGCAACAAAUCAAAUGGAGCAUGAUGGCAUGGAUGUUUGUAUUGGCUUGGCAGCUUGUCUUUGCAGAGCUAGAGGUCCUCUCCGAUAGUCUCCUCUUCCUCCGACCUGGUCACAUCCUCGACGGCUCCACUCUUCUAUUCUUCUAUCCUCUUCAUCGAAUCGUCUCCGUCGUCCUUAUCUUCUUCUCAGAUUCACAGAACUUUCCGGGAAACUCGAUCUCAUUUCCAGUCCUUUCACGCUCUCUUUUAAUCUCGUCUCGUCGUCUGUUUCUCUGUAUCGUCCGAUUCGAAAUCGGAGUCAAACCGGCUCCGAGAUUUCUCCAGUCGUCGGAAUUUCAGAUUUAUCUGGUCUGAUGGGAUCGGAGCCUCGGGUUGACCCGAGGCCGAAACUCACUGACUUGCCCGUUCUUCACAAAUUCAAGCUCUACAAAACCCCCUCGAAUUUUUAUUUGAUUGGAAGAGAUGAGAGCAAAAGCUUUCGGAGGAUUCUUAAGAUUGAUCGAACAGAACGAAGCGAGCUGAAUCUAUAUGAAGAUCCAACGAGGUAUACAAAUGCACAGAUGCGUGACCUCAAAAGAUGGAUAAGCCGAGGGAACGCGAAGCAUGGUGGGCUUAAAGCAGUCACAACUUGCUAUGGAAUCAUUGGGUUUGUGAGAUUCUUGGAGCCAUAUUACAUGCUUGUGAUAACGAAAAGAAAGAAAGUGGGUGAGAUCUGUGGCCAUACGAUUUACGGUAUAGCAGAGAGUAUGAUGAUUGUGAUACCAAAUCCUUCCGUUACGACGGGAGUGGCUGAUUGUUUAGACGAGCGAAGGUACAGGAAGCUGCUAAGCAUGAUGGAUCUUACCAAAAACUUCUACUUCAGUUACACAUAUCACCUCAUGUACUGCCUCCAGAAGAACAUACGCAACACUAUGAGAGGAGAAACUCACGACAACACCAUGUUCGUCUGGAACGCUCAUCUGACACGCGUCAUCAGAAGGGUUCUGCAGAAUACCAUCUGGACAGUUGCACUGAUCUACGGAUUCUUUCAACAGACUAAAUGUUCAGUAUCCGGUGAAGAGUUUGUAUUGACUGUCAUUGCUCGGCGUUCACGGCAUUAUGCUGGUACUAGAUAUCUAAGGCGUGGUGUAAAUAAUUUAGGCAGAGUAGCCAAUGACGUUGAGACAGAGCAGAUUGUUUCCAGAGAGGUUCCGGAGGGUCAACCAAUCCCGAUAACAUCAGUUGUGCAGAACCGAGGCUCCAUACCCUUGUUCUGGUCACAGGCGACAUCUCUCUUCACCCCACAACCUGAGAUUAAAAUAUACAAGAAACAAGAGAACUAUGAAGCUACACGAAAGCAUUUUGAGCAUCAUAGAAAAAGAUAUGGGAAGCAUAUAACCAUUCUUAAUCUUCUUAAGUCAGGUGAGAAAAUGCGUCGAGAAACCAUUUUACGGGCAGAGUUUGCACAGGCAAUCCUACAUAUUAACAAAGACAAGACAAACGAGGACCGUUUAAAUGCGAUUCAUUUUGAUCUGAGCAAACACUACAGAAGUGGAGUAGAUGAUGCGUUCAGACACUUAUGCAUCUUUGCAAAGAAAUCACUUGGAUUAACGGACUUGUUUUACUGUGAAGCUCCUUCAGGUGUAGGAGCUGAAGGAGUGAUCCAUGAGUCUUUUUACCCUGACCAUUUUCCGAGUGAAGAGGAGGAGGCAAGUAGUCAAGAUAUUGAAGCUUUGAAGGUUCAAAAUGGGGUCUUAAGGACCAACUGCAUCGACUGCUUGGACCGCACCAACUUUGCUCAGUUCGCCUUUGGAUUGGUAGCUCUUGAGCACCAGUUGCAAACAUUGGGUAUUGAAGGGCCACCUAUCGUUGAUGUCAACAAUCCUUUGGCAUUAAGCUUGAUGAACACUUACCAAAACAUGGGCGACACAAUUGCGCAGCAGUAUGGUGGCUCUGAAGCACACAGCAAGAUGUUUAGUGACCUGAGAGGUGAUCGGAACGUGGUGGAUAGGCCUCGUGAGUUCUUGAUAGCUUUGACUCGUUACUACAAUAACUCUUACCAGGACAGCCAUAAGCAGAACGCCAUCAAUCUGUUCUUGGGGCAUUUCCGGCCUGAACUGGGGGCACCAGCGAUAUGGGAGUUAGAUCCUGACCAGCACAACAUCGGAAGAACUAGUUCUAACUUAGAUAUGGAAAAUAUCAGGCCACCGCUAAUUAGGAGAUCCUUUUCCGAUAACAUACUCAUGGGCAUCGAUUUGAAUGUGGAGGAGCCGGCGAAAGAAGUUCCUCCGCCUGCACGUGAAACUUUAAACGGUGGCAUCUCGGAAACCAACUUACAGUUCUCAUUCUAUGAAAAUGGCGCAGCUUCUUCAAGCUCUGUUUUGCGCGUUGAAGAUAUUUCGCUAGGAACAAGACCAAGCCAGGUGUUUCCAGGCAGUAGCUCUAAUUCUGAUUCUCAGAGGCCCCACGAUGAUAUACCUGGUUUUGGACACUCUUACAAAACUCAAUUCACUCCGGCAGAAGAAAUAUUUGAACGUUACAACUCAUUCUCGUCAGACAUCUUCACCGACCUGGAGGAUUCAGUCACUUCUAGAACUAAUACGAACAUAAGUUCUCCGUCUCCUCGAAGAGAUAACAAAGAAAAAGUACCUGGCUACUCAAAUAUUUUCACUCGGUGGGUUUUCUCCGGAAGAGCAUUGUAA